CAGAUUUUUCUUAAAGAUAAUUUCAGUGUGUUUUUAUUUUAUUUGAUUGCUUAUUUCAUUAUCAAUACUCUGCAACUAAAACAACAGAAGGCCGGUUCCCCCCUCCUUUUUCAAGGUAUCAGGUGCAGUGAGGGUCUUCGGUAACUGGAACAAUAAUGGAAGAUGACUCAGAAGCAAGUUCUAUUGAUGUUGAAUUGAAGCAGUCUGAAAAGGAAAAUGUUGUUGAACAAGGAAGUGGAGAAGAAGAGGCUUCAUUGGAUGGGGAAUUCGUUAAGGUAGAUAAGGAAUCAUUAGAUGAAAAAGAAAGCUCAAACUUGCUCACAUCAACAGAUGAAUCAACAGUGAGCUUGAAUGCUGGGGAAUUAGAAUCAGCAAAUUCAACAUCAGAUCUUAACUUGCCCCUGGAAGGGAAAGACAGUUUCAGUUACAAGCUAAAACUGUAAAUCUGGAACUCGAACUUUUAAAUAGGAAGGAAUCAUUAGAUGGAAACGAAAGCUCAAAUUUGCUAGAACCAACAGUGAGAUUGAAUGCCGGAGAAUUUGGAUCAGCAAAUUCAGCAUAAGAUAUUAACUUGCCACUUGAAGCAGAAGACAAAGAGCAAGAACUUCAAUCUGAAACUAUAGACUCACAAAUCAAAGUCGUAGAUUCAAAGGAAUCAUUAGAGGUAAAAGAAAGCUCAAGCUUGUUUGAAACAACAGUUCAAUCAACAGAAAGCUCGAAUGUUGGGGGACUAAGAUCACCAAAUUUGGCAUCAGAUAUUAACUUGCCACUAGAAGCAGCAGACAAAGAGCUAGUGUUUCAACUUGAAAGCAUAGACCCAGAACUCAAAGUUUUAGAUUCGAAGGAAUCAUUUGAUAAAAAAGACAACUCAAAUUUGCUCGAAACAAUAAUUGAAUUGACAGCAAACUCAAAUACUGGGGAAGUAGGACCAACAAAUUCAACAUCAGGUAGUAAUUUGCCACUAGAAGAGGAAGACAAAGAUCCUGAGUUUCAACUUAAAACUGUAACCCCUGAAAUCAAAGGUUUGGAUUCCAAGGAAUCAUUAGAGGUAAAAGAAAGUUCAGACUUGCUCAAAUCAACAGUCAAAUCGACAGGAAGUUAAAAUGCAGAGGAAUUAAAAUCUGCAAAUUCAGCAUCAGGUAUUAAUUUGCCACAAGAAAUGGAAGACAAAGAGAUUGAGUUUCAACUUGGAACAGCUAACCCAGAACUCAAAUAUUCUGAAGACACAUUGUUGAGGUUGGAGGUUGAGGUAACAAAUGAUGAGAAAAUCAACAAUGAAUUUAAACUUGGGAAGGAAGUGUUGAAUGAUCAGAUUCCAAGAGCCGAACAAAGUUGCAAUUUUGAUAUUGAAGAACUCGAUGCAUUGUUAUCUGAUGGCAUAAAGCAGAAGAACAAUGUUGAUAUAAAUGAAGUAUUCAAUGCUAGCCAGUGCAAUGAGCUGAAGAUUCCAAUGGAAAAUAUUGAGAUUGAAGCAGAGUUGGCGAAGUCAGCUGGUGAUGCUCACUCAGUUGAAGAGCUCUAUAAACCUAUUGACACACAAGAAGAGUUAGAAUCAAUAAGAGCUGUGGGUCUGGAGGUUGAGGUAACAAAUGAUAGGUUAUAAAAAAGCAACAAUGAAUUUAAACUUGAGAAGUGUUGAGUGAUCAGAUUCCAGAAGCUGAACAAAGUCACAAAUUUGAUCUUGAGGAAUUCGAUGCAUUUUUAUCUAAUGACAUUAAACAACGGAACAAUGUUGAUAUAAAUGAGGCAUUCAAUGUCAGCUGGUGUGAUGAGCAGAAGACGCCAAUGGAAAAUAUUAAGGAGAUUGAAACAGAGUUGGCCAAGUCAGAUGGUGAUGUUCAUUCAGAUGAAGAGCUCUAUAAAUCUAUUUGCACACAAGAAGAGUUAGAAUCAAUAAGAACUAUGGGGCUGGAGGUUGAAGUAACAAAUGA